GAAUUUCGGUAGUUCAGAUGUAAAAAACGCAGACUGAACAAUUUUUUGUAUUUAAAAUUAGAAUUUCCUGAGAUAAAGUCACAAAAAACUAUGAAUCCGACACGAUUUUUGCUUAGUUUAAUAGUUAACUUGUGUAUAUUUGCUGUGAUAGUGCAAGCGGGGCGUGAUUUUUACAAAAUUCUGGGAGUAUCGCGGUCCGCAACGACAAACGAAGUGAAAAAAGCCUACAGAAAACUCGCCAAAGAGCUGCAUCCCGACAAAAAUGCUGACGAUCCAAAGGCUUCGGAGAAGUUCCAAGACUUGGGAGCAGCCUACGAGGUGCUUUCCGAUCCCGACAAACGCAAAAAGUACGACCAAUGCGGCGAGGAAUGUGUUAAAAAGGAAGGCAUGAUGGACGGAUUUGACCCGUUCGCGUCAUUUUUCGGGGAUUUUGGAGGCUUUGGCUUCGGCGGCAACGAUCAUCAUCAACAUGAAACGCCACGCGGUGGCAACAUCGUCAUGGAUCUCGAUGUCACGCUCGAGGAAUUAUAUUCCGGGAAUUUUGUUCAAGUGACACGGAACAAACCAGUGAUGAAACCCGCUAAAGGGACACGUAAGUGCAAUUGUCGUCAAGAGAUGGUAACGCGAAAUUUGGGUCCAGGGCGUUUCCAAAUGACACAAGAAACGGUCUGUGAAGAGUGUCCCAAUGUCAAACUCGUGAACGAGGAGCGCGUUUUGGAGAUCGAAGUUGAAGCUGGUAUGAAAAACGGACAAGAAAUUCGCUUUGUUGCCGAAGGAGAACCUCAUAUCGACGGCGAACCGGGCGAUUUAGUGUUUAAAGUGAAAACAGCGCCGCAUCCCGUGUUCGAGAGACGUGGCGAUGAUUUGUACACAAAUGUGACGAUAACGUUACAAGACGCCCUGAUUGGAUUUUCGCUUGAUAUCAAACAUUUAGAUGGACAUACAGUUACCGUGAAACGCGAUAGUGUCACAUGGCCCGGCGCAAAACUCCGGAAAAAGGGCGAAGGCAUGCCCAACUUUGACAACAACAAUUUAUUCGGUGUGCUUGUUAUCACAUUCGACAUUGAAUUCCCCAAACAAGACUUUACGGAGGAACAAAAGGAACAAAUUCGACAGAUUCUCGCACAAACAUCCAACAACAAAGUGUAUAACGGAUUUCUUAGCCAGUAGUUUAGUGCAAAAAAAAAAAAUAUUUAUUAAAAAAUUUUUCCCACUCAUCGUGACAUAAAUACACAAACUCAAACCAAAUAGGAUUUUUUUUUGUAUUUUUUUUAAUUACUUGUCAUCCAUUUUCCUGCCAUAAUUAAGGUCAUUUAUGUCGUCAUUAAGUUUCUGUAAAUUUAUAAAUAUUUCUGAAGUGUACAUAUUUUUAAAUGAAUCUUUCUUCCUUUUUUCCCUCUUUAUAUGUCUUUACUAAUGAAAAUAGGCAUUUCCAUUCUCAUACCGUAAAUUCAGUCUUCACAAGCAUUUAUCAAAUAUAAUUUAUAUC